CUGGACUGUGGGGCUCCUGUACAGGUGCUGGGAGCAGCUGCUUUUGACAAAGGAGACGCUCAGAUGUGGACACAAGAGAUUCAGUGCAGAGGAAAUGAAUCUCAGAUUCACCUCUGUCCAACAUCACCAUCACUUCAUAACAACUGUUCACAUGACAGUGAUGUUGGACUGUUGUGUGCUGACAGUGUGAAUUUGAGGUUGGUUGGUGGUCACAGUCGCUGUGCUGGUCGAGUGGAGGUUCUUCACAGAGGUCAGUGGGGAAAAGUGUGUGGUGUUGGUUGGGAUUUGCCUGAUGCUGCAGUGGUGUGUAGAGAGUUGGACUGUGGAGAACCUGUAGAUGCUCUGAGUGAUGCUCGUUUUGGACCAGGAUUGCAAACAGUUUGGAUGAAUUAUGUCAUGUGUACUGGAUCAGAAUCUACACUAAAGAAAUGUGGGUCAUAUGGAGAUGUUGAACAAGGCUGUAGUCCUUAUGGAGAUGCUGGAGUUAUCUGUUCAGGUAAAUUGCUUAAAUCUUAA